AUGGCGAACCUGAAUCUCCCUCCUGGUUUUAAGUUCAAGCCCAGUGACGAUGCACUCAUAACUUACUAUCUAAAGCCUAAAGUUCUGGGUCAACAACUCCCAUGCAGCAAUGUUAUCAAAGAUGAUAUUCAACUCUACGGCUCUAAUUCUACUCCCUGGGACUUGUUCGAUAUUAACGAUUCUGAUUCCUGGAUCGACCACUCUGUUUAUGUCUUCACGUCCUUAUCCAAGAUUUCUAGUACUGCUCCUGUUCGAUCUCGAUCAAGAUUUAAUACCAAUAAAAAGGCGGGGUGCGGUACGUGGAAGCAGAAGACGCCGCGGAAGCCGAUCAAGGAUGGUUUUGGUAAUGUGAUUGGGGGGAAGAGAAUGUUGGUUUUUGUGAUUAAUGAUGUGAGUGUUCCUGUUGAUCCUGACAAGGCGGUGUAUUUUAAGAUGCAUGAGUAUUCUUUGUGGGGGGUUAAUGAGGGCUUGGGUGGUGAUGAUCUUGUUCUUUGCCAAAUCAGUUUUGAUUCUUCCAGGAGGGCUAUUGUCAAGUUGGCUAGUCAGAAAACUGAUUCUACUCCUAAGGCCUGUAAAGCCCAGAAGAAAACAGAGAACAUGAAGAAUCUUCAGGGAAGCGUUGGUUCGACGAAGGGUGUGAUUGUGGUGAAUUGUGAUGUUGGUGAGGAAAUUACGAGUUUGAGUCCAGAGGGUUUGGUGGGGAUGGAUGGUAGGGUUGGUAACGGUGAAGGAUCAAUGGCUGCUGUUGAUAAAAAUGUUGUUCAGGGCUCGGAUUGGUUUGGUGGGGGUCUCUGUAAAGAUGGCCUACGCUGUGAUGAGCCCGGUCUGGACUCUUUUGACAUGGAUUCUUUCGACGUGCCUGAGUUGAUGCAGCUUCUUGAUUCCACUGCAGAAGAGGAGAUUCUUGAUGACAGAGCUAUCCACAUGCCUGGGAAAAGAAAAUUGGAAGAAAGGGAUAGUUCAUGUCAACCUAAGAAGUUGUGUUUCUGA